AUGCCCUUCGACUUCAAAAAGUACGACCAGAAAUGUGCUGCACUCACCGCAGAAGAGCUCCAACGUGAGUGGCAGCACUACACCCGACUCAUCACCGGCGCUGCCACGUCUACCACCGUCUCCGGGCUUGCCAUCCCGCUCACGGCAGGUGUCUCGACAAUCGGCGUUGCCCUCGCCGCCCCUGCGAUCCAUAACGCUCGAAGGAAGCGAGACAUCAUUGAGAGGCACCUUAACAGGCAUAAUACAACACAUCAGACUAGGAAACGAGACGUGCUGGGUGGUGUGGCUGUCAGUGGAACGAUCGGUGUCGUCACCCUAGGCGUGGGAACCUUGGGAGCUGAUGCUAUCGCCGCUCAAGGUGCAGAGCAUGGCAUCUCUGCCAUCGUCGAGAACGAAACAGCCAUCAAGGUUGUGUCCCAUGUCGCCUUGGACGGUGUAGGCCUGGGUAUCGAGCAUGCACACACCAAUCAUCUAAAGAAGCGAGAUGCAAGGAAGGCCUUUGAGGCCGCUGGGGUAUUCCAAGCCGUCAAUGAAGCAAAGGCAGCCGAGGCUGGAUAUACCAUCCAGCCUUACAACCCUCAAGGUGUCGCGGCGGAGAGCAGCGCCAGCCUCCCCUACUACGCUCCUCCUCCUCCCUAUUCAUAUGCCUCUGGCUCAUCUCAAGUUGGGAUCCCAGAGAACUAUGCAGUCUCUACCAUGAACCCCGAUCCCUACUACGGGCUUGAUUCCAAGGCACCCAUGCCGCCGUACUACCAAUCAGAACCGAGUCAAGAGUUGUAUGCUGGAACACAAAUAGAAGAAUUCGCGCCACCAAGCAUGCCUCCACCGACCGUUUCUGGUAUAUACGAUAUGAAUGCCAUGGGGGCAGCUCUCCCAACCGUGGGUGCAGCCGUGCCUGUUUCUCACGCCCUGGGCUAUCAAUCUAACCAGGGGUAUGAUGCAUCGCGUUCAGCCUCAUUUGGAGACCAAGGAACAUAUGUGCAAGCACCGGUACAACCUUUAGAUUUCUCAGAGCUGCCUGUUGGAGCUCCGACACAGCCACCAGUUUCGGCCACUCCAGCUGUCGUCAUUGCAAGUUCCGCCAGUUCUGGCAUCGUUACUUCGCCACCGGUAUCAAUCGGUACCUCUGUCAUCUCCUCACUGCCUCCUAUUCACCGCCACCAGGACAUGCAAAUUCAGCACAGUCAAAGCCUCUUCCUGACACUCGUGGUUCGCUCUAUGCUGGUGAAGCAUCGUCUACAUCUCUAUCUACCACGACGCCUGUCUUCGGCCAAGUCUUUCCCAACGCCCAGACAGAGCCACAGACUCCAUACCAGCCUGCUCGAGGGACCUUGA